ACCCAUCAUGGCGGUCGGCUCAGCACUCGAUCCUUAUGCGGCCCUCGGAGUUCCACACGACGCCGCGCCCGCCGCGCUUCGAUCCGCAUACAAGAAACUAAUGCUGCAAUGUCACCCCGACAAGGUCCGCGACGAGGCCCAGCGAGCCGAGAAAGCCACGCAGUUCCAGAAAGUGCAGGAGGCCUACGAACUACUCAUCGAUCCCCGCCGGAGACGCAAGUACGACGAGGAGUUGGCGAGGAAGGGUCCGGCUGCGGCACAGGCGGCGGCGGCCAACGGGGGCUCCAACGGUGCGAAACCGACGCCAUCGACCUCGGCUAAUCCCGCUUCCGGUGGUGGAGACGACGGAGCCAAGAAGGACGACGGUUCAGAAAGGCCGAGGAAAUGGCCGAGGAGGCGAUGAGGGCGUCGGAACGUGCGCACUACGAGCGUGAACAACGUCACAAGGAAGAGCAACAGCAACAGCAGCAGCAGCAGAAGCACAGCUCGUCGUCGUCGAGACACGCUCACGGUUCUAGUACUGCGAAUCGAUACGCUUCCGCCGAUGAUCCCCCGCCUGCGAGAAAAUCGUCGUACGAACGCCCUCCCCCGUCUCAGCAACAUCAACAGCAGCAGCAGCAGCAACAACAACAACACGUCCCGCGUCCCGCACCUCCUCCUCCACCGCAACCAUCGUCGCGCCCCUCGCCCCCGCAGUCCGAGCCGAGAGGUCCUCCGUCCGAGACAGAUACGGAGAAACCGGCGGUGCGACCCGGCUACGAGGAGACGAGGGCGGCCGAGGACGCCAAGCUCGAGGCCGUUCGGAGGAGACUACGCGAGGCUCAGGCCGGACCGGGAUCACCGCGGACACAGCGCAGCAACAGUCACGAGGAAGACCCUUACGUCAAGACGCAGACACGCGCCACGAUGGAGCAGAUCCGACAGCAGCAAGUGCAGGCGGAACGGUUACGGAUGGAACAGGCGGAGCGCAUCGCCAGGGAAAAGUCGGAACAACGGAAGGCACGGCAGGCGGCGAAGGAACAGCAUUCGGAUCAUUCGGAACGGUCCGGUCGGCCGACCGAGAUUCCAGCCAACCGACCGCGAAAGGUGUCGGCAUCCCCAAUGGGACGCCGCCGCGGAUCCUCGUCCGUAUCGCGUGACGAGUUUGCGACCACGCCGCCGUUCGCCACGAAGCCGCCGAUGUUUAGCGGAUCGGUGCCGACCACGUCUGCCUUCUACGGGACGCCUCCACAUGUUGGUGGGCCCGGAUAUCCUCAGGUUAGACGCCGACAUAGUGUGUCAAGUCCCAGUUUGGAGAAACAAAAUUCACGCCUGCAGAGGGACCAGCAGGCUUCGUGCGAUUCAGGAUCUACCGUCCACCCUCGCGAUCCAUCGGCGCAAAGCACUCCCGGCUGGAAGAAAUUCAUCGUAUACGUUCAGGAGGAUGGUGAAACGACGACCACGCCGAUCGACGGACGACGGAAAACGUCAUCGUCUGGCACCGGCGGUUCCCCCGACAUGCAGCACGCCGAGCCAGUAACGAGUUCCGAAGGCCCCCCACUGCCGCCCGACUUCUUCGUCAAAGCAGCCGGCUCCGGUCUCGCGGGCGGCAGCACGUUCUUCGUCACGUCCAGCGGCGUGCCGCCGAAUCCCUUCGGCAUGCCCAUGCCCUCGAACUACGCGGGUAGCCACGCCGGGAGCCACUCCAGCCACUCGAGCCCGAGACAGCCCCCGAUCAGACACCACAGCGUCCACUACCACCCGCACCCCUCGCCAAAGAUGUCGGAGCCGCCGUUCACAAUGCCGAGUCCGCAGCUCAGUCGCGCCAGCACCACUACCGGUUCUAGCCGUCGCACGGCCGGCUCGCAGGUCCCGUACGGCUUCCAGGCGCCGGUCUUUACGAGGGGCGAAACCUGGGGCCCGUGAAUCGCGGCCGGCGCGAUGCGCCUUUUACGUGUCGCGUCCAUCAUUGCAACUAGAGUGUUUCUUGCCGCGUCUGUCGAUUUUGCGUUCCGUUUUGAUCUUGGGGCCUGGGUUUUCUUUUGUUUCUGUGUUUGGGUUUUGGAGUUUUCUAGGGGUGUUGAUGAGGUUGACGACGCGUUGCGCAUGCUUGCUUGCUUGCUUAUCCUUUGGUUGUGUGCUUAUUGCUCAUUUUUGAUGACUUUAUUCUGCUUUGACUUUACUUUACUUGCAUGACCACCUUACCAUACCAUACCAUACUAUACUACCAUACUACACUACUGACGAACUGAAGAUGAAGAUGAAGAUGAUGACCGAAGACGACGAUGAUGAUGAGGGUUGGGGUUGGGGUUGGGGGGCU